AACGACGUAUCACGACACGCAGAGAAGCACGCGGGACACUGAGUAUAAAACAGAUGAGGAGGAGACGAGAGGAGACAGAAGGAACCUGAAGCUCCAGAGAGACACCGGACAACCGACUGACUGCUGCCCCGGAAACACAGCGCCAAACCCGGAUCAACCAGCUGAGACCUCCGCUGAUGAGACGAGACUUCCACACCUCCAACAGUGAUCCAGAUCAAAGCAUCAAGAUGAAACAAAGGACGACUUCAUACAAGAUCAGUCCCGACUCUCUCCCCCGUCAGGUGAGCACCAACAGUCGGGAGCGUUGGCGUCAGCAGAACGUUAACGGAGCGUUCAGCGACCUGCGGAGCCUCAUCCCGACGCACCCCCCCGACAGGAAGCUCAGCAAGAACGAGAUCCUGCGCCUCGCCCUGCGCUACAUCGGCUUCCUGGAGCAGGUGGUGACGGAGCAGGACGGCGUCACCGUGGCAACCAGGGGCCGCUCGGGCAGCGUGGAUCAGGAGGAAGACGAGGAGGAGGAAGAAGGGUCGUCUCCGAACUCCAGCUGUGGAGACGGUCUGAUGGACGAGCAGGACUGUGGAGGACUUCUGCAGUUCCUCCAGCCGUGGAUGGAGUAAUGAAGGGUCUUAAUGGGCCGGGGGCUGAAAGUGUCUGGGGCCCCCGCUGCAAAAUGACACUCAAAGAAACGUGUGAUCGAGGAAGAGACUUGAAAUGACUACAAAGAGACAGAACAUCUCUACAAAGAACUGCAUACAGCUGCAAACAGACAGAAUGACCACAAAGAGUACGAGUGUGACUGAAAACUGCUGCAAAACCUUUGAAAGUGGAUGCAGCAGAACUACAAGUGAAUGCAACAUGACUGAAAACUAUUGCAAAACGACUAACAAGAGACACAACAUGACUACAAGGUUAUGAGACAUGACUACAAAUAGAUGAAGAAUGACUAAAGGGAUGCUAAAUGAUUCAAACUAGAAUUAACUCAAAAUAUAAUAUUUGUGAUAAUUUGAGUGUGUCGUGCUCCUAUGUGGGAGAGGGGGCGGGGGGGGGGGCACUCUCGCCCAUGGACCUGGAGAGGUGAAACAAAGAGGAUGAAGUAUUCAUUAAAACAGUGGAGCAGUCCUUUAGAAACACAUUGUUGUAUCGGACUGAGAGUGCGUGUGAUAUUCACAUAGUGGAGUAUUCAUUCAUUAGAUUGUGUUCUGUUAUAACGAGAUGCUGUGAUGUGUGUUAUUUCUGUCAGAGAAGAAGAAGCAGAAUAAUCAGUAACCAGAUUGAGUUUCUUUUAUUGUGAAGGAACUGUUGGUGCUUUUAUUGUUUUAACACUUUUGUAAAAUAUGUUAUGUGUGCUGUUUGUUCAUCUGCGAUGCAAAAUGUUUCUGUGAGGUUACAGAUCAAUAAAUAUUUAUAAAAAA